AUGCAAUGCCUGGUGUUUUUCCUGGUGUUUGGUAUUUUCUUGGGUAAUAUAAAAGCAGAUGUUGUUUUCACGUGGCCUUGUCCCGGAUCUACCUUGGGUUCGGGAGAUGUUUCUGUGUGGUGGAAGGAGGAUGGUGAUGCGCUUUUGAUCCAAGAAAUGGAAAGCUAUUUGUUAGGUUUAUUUACCGGGAGUGAUGGUGUUAUGGAAAUUUUGAAUGAAUGGGCCAUCCCCAUUGGAUCAUAUAACGCAACUAUACACCUCGAUUCAAACAUUGGACCUAAUGCAAACAACUCAUAUUUCUUCGGUAUUCAAUCAAAUCCUGUUAACAUCUCCAUCUAUCCAUCAAACUCCAUCCCCGUUUUGACCAAUUUCUCACCCCGCUUCUCCCUCACAAACAUGACGGGCAAAGAUUUUAGUCCUGCUAUCAGCGCUGCAAAUGCCGAGUGCGAUAGUACAGAUGGGCAAGAUUCUCUAAUUCGAGACGAAUCGCAGGAUCAAGUAUCCUUAGCUAUGGCUAACAUAAAUUCUUUGUCGUCUGCUCAAAUCACAACUUCUGGAGCGAUUCAUAAUCCAACUGAUGGUGUGCUCGUUACAAAUCUGCCUUUGACACCCACGAUUUCUCCAUCUACAUCGCCGUCGCCUCUUUUAACAAUCAUAAUCUCCACACCAGAGCCUUCUGCCCCUCCUCAGUCCUUUGCCGAGGCGCCAACACAAACUCCGACGUCCACAACCAAUACUCACAAGAAGAUUGUUAUCGCAAUUCCGGUCGCGAUAGCUGUUGCGGCCGUUAUAGCUCUCUCCAUCUUCUUCAUCAUCCGACAUCGACGCCGACAUCCACCGACCGAAAAGAUAGAUCCAGACGGGUCUAUUCUUCCAUUCUUCCCACCACCACCGACUCAUCCAAAUACAUGGAUGGAUACCAAAGGUUCUACUUUCAAAGAAAAAUCGAAUCGUUUUUGGCACGUUCUCAGAGCCAAACGCUCACGAGGUAGCGUUGCCGAAUUGCCCGGCUACGAGGGCCCCGGUACAUUGAAACCCGCUUCACAGCGAAACACCAGCUCAAGCGAGGCGACGGAUACAAAGACGAGCGAGAUAGCCUAUAAGCCUAUCAAAAUCCCUCCUAGUGCAGCAACUUGUGUUUUAUUGGCAAAAGACCAAAACCCACAGGAAAGUCCCCCGGGCCGCGAAGUCGGCUUCUUAGCCGUGGGUCCAGAUCCUGCACGCAACGACAGCCACCAUUCAGACAUCAGACCUCCUAUUACUCCUACGCGUAGAAAUCAUUCUUUUCCACGCUCCUCGACUAUUAAAUCAAUCACAACAGAGAGUUCAGGUAUUCCUUCAUCAUCAGUUCUAUCUUCAUCUUUUGACCGUGAACGUGAACGAGGGCCUUCUCAUUUCGAUCUCGGAACUCUCUUUCCCAGAGAACGAGCAGCACAGAUGCUAUCACAACCACCAAGCCCUACAGCUCUUAGAGGAAUGGCAAAAGUAGUUACAAUUCCGAGGAGUAAUUCAUUAUUACAUUCGGGCUCAAAUCCUGUAGCGAUAUCUCAGGCUUCUGCCGAUUAUCCCACGAGGGAUAACUAUCUAUCCAGAGGAGCACCAAAGGGAUAUGUCUUUUCAAAUUCUGCAGUGGCAUAUCAAAAGCCUUUGUGCCAAUUACAAUCACAGACGUCGUUCCACUCACAGCAAACAUCAUUCUCUCCACUAUCAGCUUCAAUAUCACCUCCGAUGUCCCAACCGAAAAGCUUUAGAAGUCCCACGGAGAGAAUGGAUGAGAGUGCGGCUGUUAGAGAAGCGGAACAACGAAUUAGAGGAUUUCUUGGAAGUAAUGCUGGGAACAGUUGUGGUAAUGAGGGGAUUUUAUGGAUUUGGGUAAGAUAG